GAAGAAGAAAAAGAAGCCGAAGAAGAGCAGAACGGGCCAUUGCGGAGAGUGUUGCCAAGUCCGCGGGAUAAUACCACUUCAAACUGUUUCCGCGGGUAGAGAAGAGAAGAGAUACAGACAGCACAAUUGUCGGAGAUCUUUCCUAAAUAAACGGAGGAUCUGUCUGGAUAUGGCUCGGGAUUUCAAACCUGGUGAUCUGAUUUUUGCUAAAAUGAAGGGUUAUCCCCACUGGCCUGCAAGGAUUGAUGAGAUUCCAUACGGAGCUGUCAAACCAUCAAACAUAAAGUUCCCUAUCUUCUUUUUUGGCACUCAUGAAACAGCAUUCUUAGGUCCAAAAGACAUAUUUCCCUAUUUGCCUAAUAAAGAAAAAUAUGGCAAACCUAACAAAAGGAAAGGCUUUAAUGAAGGCUUGUGGGAAAUUGACAACAAUCCUAAAGUGGAGCUUAACGGACAUAAGAUAAUGAAUGCUGAAGCAGGCUCUGUUAAGGACUUAAGCAGCUGUCAAGACGGGGGUGAUGAGAAGAGGGGAAUGUCUGCUCAAGGCACUGGCAGUGAGGAUGACGAGGAUGAGGAGGAGGAGGAGGAGGAGGAGGAAAAGGAGGAGGAGGAGGAGGAGGAAAAGGAGGAGGAGGAGGAGGAGGAGGAGGAGGAGAAGGAGAAGGAUGAUUGUGACAUGGAGGUUCCUGAUCAGGGACAUAAGAAAGAUGAAGACCUAUCACAGAAAGAUUCCACAAAUGUCUCAGCCAAAGAUAAAAGAGGAAGGAAGAGAAAGAUUGAAGCUGGACGAGACUCUGAUACAGAAAACUCAAGUCCCACUUCAAGUGCUCCUGGGUUAGAUUUAUUAUCACCAGGUGGAAAAGUUCCAUUACUAAAGCGCAGAGGAAGAAAACCUAAAAUGGAGAAAUCAAUGCUGCUGCAACAACGAGGUUCAAAGGAGCCACUGAGGUUAGCAAAAGAUGGAAAGAGAGAUGACAGAAAAGGAGACAAGAAAAAGGACAUUUCUGCAGAGUCCAGACUGCAGAAGUUGCAUGGCGAUAUCAAAACAUCUUUGAAGAUUGAUAAUCUUGAUGUGAGGAAAUGUUUAGUUGUGUUGGAUGAGUUGAGUUCAUUGCAUGUUACUACUCAGCAUCUUCAGAGACACUGUGAACUCAUAGCAACUCUUAAAAAGAUCCGCAGAUUCAAAGCCAGCCAGGAUGUGAUGGACAAAGCCACAAUGCUUUAUAAUAAGUUUAAAAGCAUGUUUUUAAUGGGGGAAGGAGAGUCAGUGCUCAGUCAAGUGCUCAAUAAAAGUUUGACUGAACAGAGACAGUUUGAAGAGGCCAAGAGGGGAGUGCUUAAAAACACAGAACAGAGCAAAGAGCAGAAAGAUACCAGGAUUUUGAAUGCAGACUUCAACCCCGAAGAGAAUGCUGAGACAGCAAAGGACAUAUCAAGAGAGAAUCUUAUCUGUGGUGAAAAACAAUCACAUCUUCAUGACAAGUCAAAAGAUGUUUAAACUAUUUACCACAGCAGUCAGGCAAAAAUAUUCUAUUCAUAGUGUGACUAAUGUGACGGUGUUUCUGUCUGAAGAUGUUUGUUCACCAAAAAAAGCCACAAAUCUCAGCUGCCCAACAGAAUUUUAUUUAGUAUUUCCAGAAUCUUACAGAUAUUUUUUGCACAAUCCUUUUCCCUCCAUUCUGUAAAGACAAAGAUACUUUCCUGAAUGGAAUUUAAUCUAAAGAACUGUUUUUAGUUAUUUCAAUCCAGAGAGCUGUUAGAAUUACUGUUCACCAGUACAACCAUGAUAAACCUUUAAAGAAAAAUGUAAAGAAAGCUAUUUUAUAGUAGUUGCAAAUAGUUGAUUUAAUUUCAAUAUAUUUGUGAUGUUUACCAUACUUAGUUAUUAGCAUGUUAAAUUCAAGUUUUAGCUUGAUUUUGUUGUUGCAUCUUGUCUUCCAAGUUUAUUUUAAUAGUCAAGUUUAGUUGAUUCUUGCUUGAUGCACCAUUUAUGUUCACCAAACUGUUGUCAAAAAACUUGUUUUAGUCUUAAUAAAGUUUACCUCAGAACCACUUCUCUAAUACCAAACAUAA